CACACCCACCUGUCUGUACCCCCCUGCCUCCCCCCCACCAGGACCUGGUCUCCAGCACUGGAACAGUUCUGCUGAUUGGGUUUCAUUCUCUGCAGGGCAAGGACAGGAACAGGCAGUCCAAUACAAGCUCUGGGAAUCUAGGACACUGUUGGACUGGGACCUGGGUCUUCCUGUGGAUAUUUAACGUUUUACAGCUAUGCCUCUCACCAAAUCUGCCCCAUCUAACAAGAGGAAGACCGCCAGUAAGAUCAUCACCGACCUGUCCCACAUCAGCCAAAACGAGGAUGCAUCGGACCCUGAUGCUGCUGAAUUCGACCUGGGCACCAAGAUAAAGACGCCCAAAGAUGUAAUGCUGGAGGAGCUCUCCCUGCUGAAGAACAAAGGAUCCAAGAUGUUCAGGAUGAGGCAGCAGAGAGUGGAGAAGUUCAUUGUGACCAAUGAGAACAUGCAGAACCUCCAGAACCUGCUGAUGUCCCCUCCCCCUGUUCCACCAAAGCCUACAAUGCCAAAAGAAGAAAAUGUGGAAGAGUCAGUGAAUGAAGAGGCAGAAAAGACAAAGAGGAGGAAGGAGUAUGUACGUACUUAUGUGUCACCAUGGGAACGGGCCAUGCACAACAAUGAGGAACUGACAGCCACCAUGAAGCCUCUGAUGCCAGGACCCAUCCAAAUCCACCUAGAACUGCCUCAGUAUAAGAGCUUCAACAGGAUGGCGCUGCCCUAUGGCGGCUAUGACAAGGCUUCCAAGAUACUGACCUUUGAGCUCCCAGAGACCAAUGCUGCUAACGAGGCGCCGGAGCCUCUUCCCACCCAGCAGGCUGACAUCAGCUCACGGCCCUCGUUCAACCGCACGCCCAUCGGCUGGGUGUGCAGCGAGGACAACUCACACAUCCACACGGACCCGGAGGUCCCCUUUGACGGGGAGACAGAUGACCUGUGAACACACACACAGACACGAGCAUAUUUACAGCACCUGCAGUCAGAAACACGCACCCAGAAACGGUCUAUGAAAAGACACAUUUGCCUGCUUUAAGACAUGAUUCAGGGUAAGGCCCGUUUAAACACACAAUUCAGUUUCCUUUUAACCAAUUGUUUGGAAAUGACUCAGUGGAAAAGGACUACUUAUUUCUGCAUCAACCUUUGUGAAUCUGAUUUAGCAUGCUGUGAGCUGGUGUCAGCUCUGGGUGAUUAGCAACAGAGAAGCACGCUGCACUCUUAAAACUAUGUAAAUGUGCAAUAAAUGACCCCUUUACACAA